UUGGAUGGACCGUGAUUUGACAUUUCAGUAGCGGCAGAGACCUCCAAUUUAACCGAGACAACGACCGGACCACGAGACAGAACAGCUGACUCUGCCAGGUUUGGGAUAAAUUUCGGGAGCCCCAGGAUUGCAACAUGCCCGUGGCGUCUGCCAGCUCUGACCCUGCCGUGCAGCAGGUCCUGGACACCCUGAGUGACAGCACCAGCUCCACCACCGCCAAUGACCUGGACCUCAUCUUUCUCAAGGGCAUCAUGGAGAGCCCGGUGGCCCAGGAGAGCCUGGAGGAGACCAGGCUGGAGGCGGUGCGGGACAACAACGUGGAGCUGGUGCAGGACAUCCUGAGGGACCUGACCCCGUUCGCCCACAGGAGCCAGGCGGCCGCCGAGCUGGCCCGCAUCCUCAGCGAGCCUCACUUCCAGUCCCUCCUGGAGACGCACGACUGCGUGGCCUCCAAAAGCUUCGAGACCCCGCCCCCCAGCCCAUGCACAUAUAUGGACGCCGCCCUCAGCAGCCAGCCGGUGCCCCCCGAUGCUGUCCGGAUGGUGGGCAUACGCAAAGUGUCUGGAGAACACCUGGGGGUGACGUUCCGCGUGGAGAACGGGGAGCUGGUGAUCGCCAGGAUCCUGCACGGCGGCAUGAUCGACCAGCAGGGCCUGCUGCACGUGGGCGACAUCAUCAAGGAGGUCAACGGCAAGGAGGUGGGCAACGACCCCAAGGUCCUGCAGGAGAUGCUGCAGGAGGCCAGCGGCAGCGUGGUGCUCAAGAUCCUGCCCAGCUACCAGGAGCCGCACCCCCCGCGUCAGGUGUUUGUGAAGUGUCACUUUGACUAUGACCCCGUCCACGACAACCUCAUUCCCUGCAAGGAGGCGGGACUCAGGUUCAACAGUGGAGACAUCCUGCAGAUUGUUAACCAGGAGGACCUCAACUGGUGGCAGGCGUGCCAUGUGGAGGGGGGCAGUGCAGGUCUCAUCCCCAGUCAGCUGCUGGAGGAGAAGAGGAAGGCUUUCGUGAAGAGGGACCUGGAGCUUGCAGCGGCAGGGGCUCUCUGCACUGGUAUGGGUGGGAAGAAGAAAAAGAAGAUGAUGUACCUGACAACUAAGAAUGCAGAGUUCGACCGGCACGAGCUCCUGAUCUAUGAGGAGGUGGCGAAAAUGCCUCCAUUUCGCAGGAAGACGCUGGUGCUGAUUGGAGCUCAGGGUGUGGGGCGGCGCAGCCUGAAAAAUAAGCUGCUGAUCUCGGACCCGCUGCGCUACGGCACCACCAUUCCCUACACCUCCAGGAAGCCUAAAUCGAACGAGAAGAGCGGGCAGAUGUACUGCUUCGUGUCCCGUAGCGAGAUGGAGUCAGACAUCAAAAACGGCCGCUACCUGGAGCACGGCGAGUACGACGGAAACCUGUAUGGCACCAAGAUCAGCUCCAUCCACGAGGUGGUGGAGGCGGGCCGGGUCUGCAUCCUGGACGUUAACCCGCAGGCACUCAAAGUUCUUCGGACGUCAGAGUUCCUUCCAUUUGUGGUUUUCAUUCAGGCGCCCGACUUUGAAGUCCUGAAGGCCAUGAACCGGUCAGCCAUCGAAGCUGGAAUUGUCACCAAGCAGCUGACGGAUAGCGAGCUGAAGAGAACUGUGGAUGAGAGCGGGAGGAUCCAGCGGGCCUACGGCCAUUACUUCGACCUCACCAUCGUCAAUGAUAACCUAGAGGGUGCUUUCCGGAGCCUGAAGGCGUCGCUAGAGAGACAGGGGGCGCAGCAACAGUGGGUCCCAGUCAGCUGGGUCUUUUAGGACCAAGAGCUUAUUAAGGAGGGUGAAAGAAGGGAGGGAUGACGGAAUCCGACUUGGUACAGUGCAAGCCUCAAAGACGGGGGAGCCUAAAGGACACUCACAGUUUCCUCACAAAAAGAAGUGAUCUGGAUACCGUAAAACCUCUGAAGAUGAUAUUGCUCCCCCUAGUGGCUGGAUGUCCAAAUUACCAGUCAUAUCUGUCUUUCCCUCAGGAUUUCACCCUCAGACUUUUGUAUAAAUUCCUUUUUCAGACCUGGUUUUUAAUUGUAUUUUUAAUUUUGUAAACAAAGAACAUAAUUCUCUAUAUCUGUACCUUAGCAAGACGUAUCAAAAGUAAUUUGAGGUACAAUUCAGUACAGUGAGUGAGUGGGUGUGAGUGUGUGUGUACAUGUAUGCGUGGCUUUGAUUCAUAUUUAUUUACAGAUUGUAAUGAAUGCCAUGUUGUAAAAUUAGUCAUGUCUCACUUGUUUCAAAGAUGGGAACUUCUCAAGUUUUUUUUUUUUCUGAAGCUGCCAAUACUUCUUCUAAAAAGCUUACAUGAACUGUGUUAGUUUAGUCUUGAAAUGGUCAAAAUAAAUACAGCAUAACAAUUGUACAACUCUGAAAUGUGCUAGAUUAGGACUUACUUUCAUGCAUGUGUAGCUGUAAAUAUACACAGACACACAAACACACAUACAUUAUCCCAUAAUGUAAGGCUGAAAACAUGAAUUGUAUUGGUGUGAUGUCACAGACUUCACAUACAUGCUUUUCUCACCAAGACUACAUUCUCUCUGUAAGAUAUUUUUUAUUUCAUUGACCAAAUUAGUAAUAACCCAGCACUCAAAUUUCUCCCCUCAUUAACAGCAUAAUAUAUGCGUGUCGACACAUGACAUCUAUUUCAAACACAUACACAUGCAUGCUCAAAACACAGCGGAAUGGCAAAAGUAAAUGUUAAGUAACAAGUCAGAAAAAAUAUACAUUUUAUUUGUAUUUGUUGCUGGUACCUACCUUAGAAGGUUUGUUUUUAUAAUACCAAAUCGUAUGAUCCCACCAUGUCUGUGUACUCGUUUACAAUGAUUUUGAUCUGUAUAGUUUACAAAAAGUCUUUAGUCUCCACUGGUUUCUCUGUCAUAAAUGAGAAUCCCUUCUCCUGCUAGUGUCAGGACUAACAAUGAUAACUUGUCACAGAGUUGUGUCAUUUCUCUUGUC